UUCGGCGGCCUUCCACGCAGUUUGUUCUUCCGACAACACACUACACUUGCGCUUCUCUUUCCAAACAGGAGACGGACGACGAAUUCGAGAACGAAUACCCGGAGCUCGACGGAAUUGGACGGCACCGAUCCAGAGCUGACUCAGGGUCGCCAUCACAUCUCUCUUCUCCGCCGCUACUCUCGACGGGAAGACGAAAAGGACAAGAUGGAGCGCAUCAGGGAACUGCUGGGGAAGCACAACAAGCCGGACCGCCAAGACUAUGAGCCCCUGGAUGAGGAAGGCCGGGAACUUGUCGGCCCUACCAUGGAAGACCCGGAGGAGGUGCCGUUCUCAUGGAUAGAGUAUAUCAUGUUCGCCUGGUUGGGCAUGGCGAUGCUAUGGGCAUGGAACAUGUUCCUCGCAGCCGCGCCCUACUUCCAAGUCCGCUUCCAAUCCGAUGUCUGGAUCUCCCAAAACUUCCAAUCCGCCAUCCUCACCGUCUCCACGCUCACCAACCUCACCGCGAUGCUGAUCCUCACGAACAUUCAAUACACCGCCUCCUACCCCUUCCGCAUCAACCUCGCCCUCAUACUCAACUGCGUAAUCUUCUCCUUCCUCACAGCCUCCACCUCUAUCGCCCUCAACGCCUCCCCCGGUGCAUACCUCGCCUUCAUCCUCAUCAUGGUCGCCUCGAGCUCCUGGGCUACGGGGCUAAUCCAGAACGGCGCCUUCGCCUUCGCCGCCUCCUUUGGUCGCCCAGAGUACAUGCAGGCCCUGAUGGCCGGCCAGGGCGUAGCGGGAGUCCUCCCACCCAUCGCGCAGGUCAUCACCGUCCUCGUGGUGCCCGACAAGGACGGAAGCGGGUCCACAGACGCAGAGGGCGACGUCAAAUCCUCGAGCUCCUCGGCUUUCGUCUACUUCCUCGCCGCCGUCGUCGUCUCCGUCUCGGCGCUGCUGGCCUUCAUCCCCCUCGUCCGCAGGCACAACCACAUCAUCGAGGCCCGCAUGGUCAACACCAUGGCCGAGUCCCUGACUUCGGUCGAGGAGGCCGAGCGCGCCGCCCGCAAGGUCGUCUCCCCACUCCGCCUCCUUAGAAAGCUGCACUGGCUCGCCGGCGCCAUCUUCUUGUGCUUCUCCGUCGCAAUGUUCUUCCCCGUCUUCACGGGAAAGAUCGUCUCGGUGCGGUACCCCGGCGACGAAAAGUCCCCCACGGGCGUCCUCUUCCGCCCUGCGGCCUUUAUCCCGCUCGCCUUCUUCGCCUGGAACCUGGGCGACCUGUCCGGCCGCAUGGCCACCAUCCUCCCCUUCUCCCUGCGCCACCGGCCCGCGGCGCUUUUCGGCGUCAGCCUCGCCCGCAUCGGGUUCCUGCCGCUGUACCUGCUGUGCAACAUUGGCGGCCGCGGCGCCGUCAUCAAAAGCGACUUCUUCUACCUCGUCGUCGUGCAGUUCUUUUUUGGUCUGACCAACGGGUGGCUGGGCUCGAGCUGCAUGAUGGCCGCGGGCGAGUGGGUCGAGGACGGCGAGCGGGAGGCGACGGGCGGGUUCAUGGGCUUGUGCCUCGUUGCUGGGUUGACAACGGGUAGUCUCCUGAGCUUCACGGCCGGCGGCAUUUAG